AUGGGCCUGAGCCACUCUAAGGCUCACCCUAGAGUGAUCAAAGUGGCACCUUUGCAAAACAAAGAGAUGCCCAGGGCCAUGUAUUUUGACAUCCCACUGGAACAGGGAGAAACAAGUAUUAUUAAAAGGCAUCCACCCCGAAGACUUCAAAAGCUUGAACCCAUUGACCUGCCACAAGUAAUUACUUCUGAAAGGAUCUUGAGCCAGCGAGAACCCAGGACGACUCACAAAGCAAAGGAAUUGGAAAAGAAGAUGCAAAUUCCAAUGUAUACUUCUGGGAAAAGACAAUAUUUACAUAAAAUGCAAAUGCUGGAAAUAAACCGGAAAAGACAAGAGGCCCAAGUGGAGUUGAAGAAAAGUCUUCACAGGGAGGCAAAGAUUAAUAAGGAGAAACCGAGGGACAGCACAGCCAAGAAAAUCCUUGACAGCAUCCCCAGAGAUGACGAUGACUUUCUAACCGUGUUGCCUGAUGAAACCUUAAACCCAAGUCCAGGAAAUUCACAGAAUGCAGAAUUUUUAGAACAUCAUUCAAGGAAUGACUAUGGUCCCCGGAAAAUUGGCAAAAUGGAAACAUGGCUUCGUGAACAAGAGGCCCGGGGACAGCUGCUCUGGGACAGCUCUAGCUCUGACUCUGAUGAGUUGGGGAAAGUCACGAAGAAACCACGAGCCCUGGUGAAGACCAGGACAGAGAGAAUCCCACCUUUUGACGAGUUUUUUGAUCGAGAAUAA